AUGAGGCUGACAAACUUUAGGACGAUAGCCUGGACCGUGAUUCUUCAAGUCCUAUUUGGUACUGGGCACGCAGAUGACCUUUUGCCAUCCCGAAGAGCUGGUCUUUCCGAGCGUGAUGUCAGCUAUGUAAACGCUGUUUACUUCGUCAACUGGGGUAUUUAUCAACGCAACUUUCAACCUCACGAUCUUCCUGCUUCAGCUCUGACGCACGUUCUCUACGCAUUCAUGAAUGUUGGAACCAAUGGAACAGUCUACACAGCAGACACGUACGCCGACUUGGAGAAACACUAUGAAAACGACUCAUGGAAUGAGGGAGACGACAAUGCUUAUGGAUGUGUCAAGCAGCUCUAUCUCCUCAAAAUGGCCAAUCGAAACCUCAAGGUCAUGCUUUCCAUUGGUGGCUGGACAUGGUCACAGGCGGGAAGCUUCGAAGCUGCCAACACCGCCGAGGGUCGCUCUACGUUUGCAAAGUCUGCCGUCACCCUUAUGAAGGACUGGGGCUUCGACGGCAUAGACAUCGACUGGGAGUAUCCCAAGGAUGAGACUGAAGCGGCCAGCCUCACUCUGCUUCUCAGGGCUGUGCGCGAAGAGCUUGACUCUUAUGCCGCUGAAUUUGCUCCUGGCCAUCACUUCCUUCUCUCUAUUGCCGCACCAGCGGGUCCUGGGCACUAUGGGAAGCUUGAUUUUCCUGCGCUCGCCCAAGUCCUUGACUACGUUAACCUCAUGAGCUACGACUACCUGCACCUCGGUUCCGUCGCUAGUCAUACUUCCAACCUCUACAAGAACUCGGGCCUACCCGGCUCCACCCCUUUCAAUACGCACGAUGCCGUUCAGGCAUAUCUAGACGGCGGCAUACCGGCCGAAAAGAUCAUUCUUGGCAUGCCGGCCUACGGUCGCUCAUUCCAAGCAACCUCGGGCCUCGGCGAGCCCUAUUCCGGCGUCGGCCUGCCUAAUUCGGGACCUGGCAAUUGGGAGGGUGGUAUUUGGGAGUACAAGGUUCUGCCUAAGCAGGGCGGGGAAAUGUUCUAUGACGACAUCGCGCAAGCCUCAUACAGCUACGAUGCUACCACGCGCGAGCUAAUCUCCUACGACUCACCUCAGGCCGUUCAGGCUAAGGUUGCAUAUGUCAAGCACGCGGGAUUGGGGGGCACCAUGUUCUGGGAGGCCUCGGGCGAUAAAACAGGGCCCGAGUCGCUGGUGGGGACCAGCUUCAGAUCCCUUGGAUCGAUCGAUCAAACCGAAAACUGGCUUGACUACGGAGGUCUAUCUCAAAAGUUUUGUCCUGGCCCUCAAGCCACACAAAUACACGAGCCAAUCAGAGGCCAUUUUCCAAGCACAGUUACAUCGGUACUUAUGGUCCUCUUUCUUUGCUUUUGA